CCAUGGCAGUCAAACUGAUCUUGGUAAGCUUAUUCCUGAUUCCUGUAUUGCUAGCCCAAGAGGGAAAACCAGGCAGGAGAGGAUUUCUACCCCGAGCCUUAAAGCAAGAAGUGACGGCAGAGCAACCUGUUACAUCAAGAGCAGAAGAACAGGAUGAAUCCGCCAUUGCUAGAAGACGACUUUUCCUCAAAAAUACUUUCAAAAGACGACCAUUCCUUGGAGCUAAACCGGAAGUAGAGAUAGAAACACCUGAUAUUAUACCGGAUGAAGAAACAGUUGAACAACAGAGAAUAAAGAUUAAAAUUCCUAAUCAGUCUGUAGUAAAUGAUAUAGUUGAUAGUCCUAUCGAGAAAUUAACAAAUCAGGAGAUCAAAGAAGCCAUUCUUGGAGACUCACAGGGAGCCCCGUUCAAAGGAACCUCUUCAGUCCAAACUGUCAGUUCACCAAGCGGUAUAAGAACUCUGAAUGAACAGAUAGUCCGUGUGAAAUUUGUGCCAACUACUCCAGUUCCUACUGUCCAACCUGAAGAGACAACCGCCAGUCGCAAGUUUUUCAGGAAGAAGUUCCGUAUUCAGAGUACGACUGAAACCAGUUUUGAGAAAGCCACCACUGAAUCAGAAGAGGUGAUUGCUCAAACUCCCAGAGCAUCUAUAAGACGACUUGUUAGCAAAGUGAAAGAUGAAGAAAAUAGCAUCAAAGAGAACAGAAUCCGACCAACUGAGAACAGAAGACGAUUCAACUUUAGUAGAGGUCAGAGCACUGAUACCACAACAACAACAACAUCAACAUCAACAACAACAACAACAACAGCAACAACAACAACAUCCAAAACCCCUGAACCUAUACUUUCAACCAGAGCUUCAACUGUAGACCCUGUUGCUGCUUUGGAUGCUUUACUUGAGACAGCCAGAGAUUUUGAACCUGUUACAGAACAAUCAGAGCCUUUAGAGAUAGUUACUCAGGCUCUUGAGGAUAUAAAAAUACCGGAAACAGAGGAGGAAGCUGCACAGAUUAAGAUGAAGGAAGAUAUUAGGAAUAUUAUACCAAGAAGACAAGAAGUUAUCAGAGAUAGUCCAAGAUCCCGUGAUAAUUCUAACACAAGGACGGAUUCAAACACAGAUUCAAGAUUCUCAUCUUUCCCAGCUCAGAAUACGAGAUCAAGGAUAUCAGUUACACAUGGUCAAUCAGGAAUAGAGAAUAAUAACUCCAGACAGGGAUCAAAUGAAGGAUUAUCUAGAGGGAGAGCUAGAGGAUCUUCAAGAAGAAGUGGCGUGGUAACACCAAGAGUACCAGUAGAGACACCGGUUGAGAGAAUUCAAGAAACACCAGCAGAGACACCUGGUGAGAGAAUUCAAGAAACACCAGCAGAGGCACCUGGUGAGAGAAUUCAAGAAUCACGUGUUGAGCGGCCAAGGGAAGAACCUAGAUCCCUUAAUGUUCAGGUUGAAGAUAGUGGUGUCUCCUCGUCACAACCAUUCAACCCUGUGUUUAAGGGUUCUGUAUUCCCGUCACCUCUCUCUACAAUCUCUUUCCAUACUAACCAAGAUUUUGGUGUUCAGCGGAUCUCCUCCUCCUCCCAGAUUGAGAAACAAAGGGAACCCGCCACCCCGUUUGUUAUUAAUCCUCCACCAGUAGUAGCUCAACCGCAAUCAGCUGAUCUUUCUGUACAACAGACUGCUGUUCUCCCACCAGCUGUUCAACCGCUCAACAAUGGCCAAAAUUCUCUUCAGCUGCUUCAGAAUAAUAACUUUGCAGCAUUUGAUGCUCAGUUUGGUGGGGCAGUGCCAGUUAAUCAGCAGUCAAGUUCUCGUUUUGGUGGAAGUCGACCAGUCCCUCAAUUCCAACCAAUAGCAGCCCAGCAGUUUUCUGCAGAACCAACCAGAACUCAGCAAACUUUCUCUCCCCAACCAAUAAGAGCACAACAGACUUUUCUCUCUCAGCCAAUAGGAUUUCAGCAGACUGUUCCUUCCCAGUCAAUAGGAGGAGAGAAUCAGCCGAAUCCAACCCAAACCCAACCUUCUUUCAUUACUCUACCAGCUGGGACAUUUUCAGGACAUCCGGCUCAAAAUAUCAACAUUAAUACCGGAUCUUUCUCCUUCUCUACAUCAGUUUAAGCUAAACCUGCAUCUUACAGGAAUGAGAUUAAUAAUUUGGGGCCUUUUUAAAGAAAAUCAGGUGUUUUACUGUAAAAAAGCUCCUUAACAGUCUGAGAUGUUCUAAAUAAAUGUUUUUUGCUUUUAUCACUGUUUGCAGAUUUAAGCCAAUCAUUUUUAAAUCUCUUGAGCAUCUUAGCAUUGUAAAGCUUCUUAAAUGUAAAAAAAACCUCUGAUGUUUUUAAAACAGACAUAAACACGAAGCCCAUCCCUAUACUGAAGAGUGAAACAGUAUUAUGUAUUUAUUUUAAUAAAGUUCGAAAAUACUCAA